GAGGCGCAGCAGAAGCAAAGCACUGAGCAGCGCUUCUACUCCCCUAGGCCGAGUUCUGCAGAGCGCCAAAUCCCUCCGCCAUAUCUUCUCCACACUGUCUCUUUCACCUUUCCGGCCAAAACAUCCCUCACUCCCCAACGUCCUCUUACCCCCCUUUUCCCAUUCUCAUUCCCCAUUCAAACCCCAUCUCUCCAUUAAUGCUCUCUCUCUCUCUCUCUCUCUCUCUCUAGGAGCUCCCUUCUCUUUAACUUCUACAUAGUUUCAAUCUCCAUUGCUUCUCUUCUGCAUUUCUGAAAGCCUCUGAGUUAUAGCUCUAAUGGCGCUUCCUUCUGGCUGUGUUCUUGUUUUUACCCUUUCACUCUUCAUGCCCGCCAUGGUGUCUUCGCAGCAGCAGCAGCCGAUUCUGAACCCGGACGAGCAAGAAUCUGUCUACAGAGUCCUGGAGUCCGUCAACUCGGACAUCCCAUGGCGCUCUCUCUUCCCCGACGACCUCUGCUCUUCCGCUCCCCAUGGCGUCGUUUGCGACUUCUAUGGCGGCGGCGACGACGACAACAGCACCGCCGAUACUCUGCACAUCACGGAGCUGAGUUUCGGCUACGUCUCUGACUAUUCCAUGAACCCUCCUUGCACCCCCAACUCCACGCUUUCUCCUACCAUUUUCACUUUCAAAUACCUCCGGAAGCUCUUCUUCUACGGGUGCUUCACCGGAACUCAAGUCUCGCCGCCUCCGAUUCCGCCGAGUUUCGGGUCUUACUUGGAAGAGCUCGUGCUCGUAGAGAACCCAUCUCUGGCUGGGUCUCUCGCCGGCGUUUUAGGUAAUUACAGUCGCUUGAGGAGGGUAAUUCUGACCGGAACCGGCCUUAAUGGCGAAAUCCCCGAGGGGAUAGGUAGCUUGCCGGAGCUUGAACAGAUUACGCUCGCGAGGAAUCGACUCGCUGGAGAACUUCCCCGUAGUUUAGGGGACUUGAAGAAGCUUAGAGUUCUUGAUCUUAGCCACAAUGGGUUUCAGGGGAAUGUUCCGGAUUCGAUCGGACGGCUCUCGCGGCUUCUAAAGCUCGAUCUGAGCUCGAAUCGAUUUGAAGGAAAAAUCCCAGAAACAAUGAAGGAUUUGCAGGAGUUGGAGAUUCUGGAUUUGAGUUACAAUGGCUUUGCUAAUUUUGGGGUUCCCCUGUUUUUAGCAGAGAUGCCGAGGCUGAGGGAGGUCCAUUUGAGUGGGAACCCCCUGGGGGGGCAGAUUCCGGAAAUAUGGGAGAAGCUUGGGGACAUUUUGGGGAUAGGGUUUUCAGGGGUGGGACUGGUUGGGAAUAUCCCAGCUUCCAUGGGGGUGUUCUUGAGAAACAUGAGCUAUUUAGGGCUCGACAACAACAGGCUGGAAGGGACAGUGCCUCCAGAGUUGGGAUUUUUGGAUUCUAUAAACGAGAUGAACUUGGAGAACAACAUGCUGAGUGGUAGGCUUCCAUUUUCCUCAAAGUUUACUGCAAGGAUUGGGGAAAAGCUGAAGCUGGCAGGGAACCCAGAGCUGUGUGUUGAUGAGGGUUUAAGCUCUGCUGCUGCUAAAAAUGGCAUCAGCUCUGGGCAUUUGAAAUUUUGCAGCAAACCCCACAUUCCUGAUGCUGCCCUUUUCUCCGGGUCUUCUUCAAUCCACCAGGCUUCUCACCUGCUGCUACUGCUUCUAGGGUUUUUUUCUGUCUUUUCUUUCAUUGAUUGAAGAGCCGCAUCAAAACAUGAAGAUUGCUAAGCAUGGCGGUGAGCACGUUAUACCGACUGAUAUUUUCUGAUUAGGACGGUGACAGUAUGUAAGCAGGGGUUCUCUGAAAUCACAAUUGCAUAUAUUGAUGGUUAAAGGCACAUCUGUAUUAAUUAAGUUAUGAGUUACAGAGGAUGUCGGGCAAGCGGAAAGUUGUCUCUCCAAGUCCAAUCCAU